UUCUUUUAUUAUUAUAGCAUUAGCUUGAUGAUGAAGAUGGAAAAUACCAGCAAUGAAGUAUCAGCCGAUGAUCAAUCUUCUCUUCAAAUCAAGAUCGGAAACCGUUGGACGCGAAUCAUUAAUAAAAGCAGCGUCAGUUUAGCACUCAGUGCUGUUAUUGGUGGUAUUGGUGUUGUCAUUCUUGUGGCCAGUCAACAAGACAAAACUGCCCUUGCUGUCAGCCAUUUUUUCUUAUCUUGUGGUAUUUUUGCCUUUGCUGGCGGAUUCACCAAUUGGUUGGCAAUAUUCAUGCUCUUUAACAAAAUACCAUGGAUAUACGGAAGCGGAGUUAUUCCUAAAAAGUACGUUGAAAUUAGGAUGACUGUCAAAGAUGUCAUUCUCAAAACUUUCUUUGAGGAAAGAUUCGUGUCGCAGUACUUGUUGGAUAAAGUCAAUACUUUGCAAGAUAAUUUGGCCAUGAAGGAGAAGAUGAAGACUUUUCUCAACUCUAGUCAAGUCGAUGAAAUAAUUCAAGAAAAACUAGAGGUCAUGAAAACAGGUCAACCUUUAGGACAAUCACUAACAAAUAUGGGAUUUGAUAUCAAAUCUUUGCAACCCCUGGUGAAGCCUUUUAUAAUUGGAUUUGGCGAAGAUCUAAUAGACCAUUUGAAACACAGUUUUUCUCAAUCAUGGAAUGUGAAUAAACUACAGUCUAUUUUUCGGUCUGAGAUUGAUAACUAUUUGGAUAUCAGGUCAAAACAGUUAACUGCUGAAAUCGUGACAAAGAUAUUGAAAGAUGUCAUUCAUCAACACUUAGGAUGGAUCGUCGUUUGGGGAUGCGCAUUUGGAGGAAUUUUUGGUGUCUUUUUUCAGGCAGUCGGCUUAGGACCUUUAUAUUAAUUGAUUGAUUGGGUCAUGUUCAAUUAAUU